UCAACUCAGUGUUUACAUCGGUGUGUCGCCAUGGCUCGCAUGAACAGACCUGCCCCUGUGGAGAUCACGUACAAGAACAUGAGGUUCCUCAUCACCCACAAUCCCACCAACGCCACCCUGAACAAGUUCAUCGAGUCACCUGAUGUAUUUUUGCAGGAGCUGAAGAAAUAUGGAGUCACCACUGUAGUGAGAGUUUGUGAGGCCACCUACGACGCCGCCCUGGUGGUGAAAGAGGGAAUCCAGGUUCUGGAUUGGCCGUUCGAUGAUGGAGCUCCUCCCUCCAACCAGAUCGUGGAUGAUUGGCUGAACCUGCUGAAGCUGAAGUUCCGGGAGGAGCCAGGCUGCUGCGUCGCUGUCCACUGUGUGGCAGGACUGGGGAGAGCUCCGGUUCUGGUCGCUCUCGCCUUGAUUGAAUGUGGGAUGAAGUAUGAAGACGCUGUCCAGUUCAUCCGACAGAAGCGUCGAGGAGCGUUCAACAGCAAGCAGCUGUUCUAUCUGGAGAAAUAUCGUCCAAAGAUGCGCCUGCGCUUCAAAGAUUCCAACGGCCAUCGCAAUAACUGCUGCAUCCAGUAGGGCCAAGCCCUGAGCCCCGCCCACACCGCCCCCCCACCGCCCUGCGGACCGGCUCAGUUCGACCUAGCUAGCUUCUUCGUACCCGGCCGGCUUGUUUCCUUAGUCAUUGUGUUGAAGUCAUUUUAUUUGGAAAAUCAUGUGCGGUAGUUAAACUGUCCUUCCCCCCCCCCCCCCCCCUUCAGGCUCCAAAGUAGUGCUAGAAAAAGACAAGUCCAGAGUUUUGUGAACCGGGUGUUUCCUGUUCUUACGCCCAUUAAAACAAAAAAAAAAAACUAAGCCAGGGCAGCGCUGAGUCGUGUAUCAUCGUAAAAUGUUGGAUUAAUUGUUUCUUCUGCAAACGCAACUCAAAGAUUUUGAUUGGCCGGUGCGUUCUACGUCACCUGAGAUUGUGCUAAAGGAUAAAAAGAUGAAUUCAUUUCCUGUGAGCAGAUAAGUCCGCCCCUCCCUCCGCUUCAGUUUUAGGAUUGUGUUUCCCAGACUGACUAGAAAGAGGUUUUGCCUUCCUGGAAAUCAGACGGUUCAUCCAUAAAUGCCUUAAAAUCAAAGUGGAACAAAGGCAAUCGAGGCAGAUUCGUCUCCCGCUGGCAUUUGGAAAUGGUUUCAUUUUUCUACUCGGAACAACAACAAAAAAAAAGAAAUAGUUGCCUUUGUCUUGUGCAGGAAGUCUUACACACACUUAUGCCCUUUCAGCAACUAUUUUUUUUUAUAUAAAAAUGCUUAAUUGUUGCAGUAUUUGUCAACUGAAAGUCUAGGAGCUUCGUCUCUUUUCUUUUCUCUAUCAAACCAUCUGUUUACUAAUUAACUGCCAUGUCCAAAAUGUGAUUUCUCUCAUUUUUCAGUUUGUUUUUUUCCGCUUCAAACUGGACUUCCAACGUCUGCGAUAUUUUGUAUGCCUUUUUAUUUUAUGUCCGUAACUUAAGACUUGGAUACUUGAUGAUUUUAUGUAUUUGAAAAAUGUGUACUAUUAUUAUUAGGUUGGCUAUUUAUACUAUCAAUGGAUGUGUGAUUUAGUACCGUGAGCGACAAAGUUGUACCUGUUCACCAACUUGUGAGAGUACAUUAAAUGAUACACUGAAAAACAACAA